GUGUCUUUUGUUUCUCUCUCUCUAGGUUCUGAGCGCUCGGUCUCUCUUGGCUCUGUUCCUCUUAUGUGACCUGAAUGCAAUAUAGCAAUAAAGGAUAUUUCCUUGAUCAAAAUAUCUUCUGAGAUGAAUUUCUACAACACAUCUCUCAUUUAUGGUGGAGUGGCAAUGCCUACCGGAGAGGAAAGAAAAGGGCUUGAGAAUCUUGCAUUUGAUGAUGAGGAAGUCAAUGAUCCACGCAAAACAAAGGUGGAUAAAACAUGUGGGAGUGACUGUGCAGCACAGAGAGACGUAAACAAACCUACUUAUGCCGUGACCGAUGUCCCUCCUUGGUACCUUUGUAUUUUCUUGGCCUUUCAGCAUUACCUGACAGCUUUUGGUGGGAUCAUCUCUAUCCCCCUCAUUCUCUCAGAAGGCCUCUGUCUGCAGCACGAUAGCCUGACCCAGAGUCGGCUCAUCAACACCAUCUUCUUUGUCUCUGGCAUCUGUACUAUUUUGCAAGUUACCUUUGGUGUAAGGACUGCAGCACUGAUUAUCCUGUUCUCUCAGUAUCUUCGUCUCAUUCCCAUCCCUGUUCCUGCAUACAGCGAAACCAAGAAACUGCACACAUCAAAGUUCUUUAUCUUCCAAACAAUGCCUAUUCUCCUGGGCAUUGCUGUAUCGUGGUUAGUCUGUUACCUCCUCACCAUCUUUGACGUCCUAUCAUUGGAUUCUACUCAGUAUGGUCAUCUGGCUCGCACUGACGUAAAGGGAAAUGUCGUGAGCAAGGCUUCCUGGUUCACACUCCCUUAUCCUGGUCAGUGGGGCGUUCCAACUGUGAACCUUGCAGCUGUGGUUGGCAUUGUGGCUGGAAUAAUAUGCUCCAUGGCAGAAUCUGUGGGAGAUUACCAUGCAUGUGCCAGGCUGGCAGGAGCUCCCCCUCCUCCAAAGCACGCCAUCAACCGGGGCAUUGGCAUGGAAGGGCUUGGCUGUUUGCUGGCAGGGGCCUUUGGCACGGGCAAUGGCACCACCUCUUUCAGUGAGAAUGUGGCUGCGCUUGGUAUCACCAAAGUGGGUAGUCGGGCUGUGAUUCUUCUGAGUGGAUUUAUCAUGGUGUUAUUGGGGAUGUUAGGUAAAAUCGGAGCCAUCUUCACAACCAUUCCCACACCUGUUAUUGGAGGGAUGUUUCUCACCAUGUUUGGAGUCAUUACUGCUGCAGGAAUUUCCAAUUUGCAGUUCACAGACAUGAAUUCGUCCCGGAAUAUCUUUGUGUUUGGUUUCUCCAUGUUUUCGGCACUCGUCAUUCCAAACUGGAUCAUGAAGAAUCCAGAGUUUUUAAAAACAGGUGUCAAAGAGGUGGACCAAGUGUUGAGUGUGUUGCUGACCACCCAUAUGUUUGUAGGAGGGUUUCUUGGCUUCUUCCUAGACAACACAAUUCCUGGAACUAAGCAUGAACGAGGACUUCAAACCUGGGAUAAACUACAACUCGAAGACCCCAGCAGUUCCGUGGCAUCUGAAGAGGUUUACAACCUCCCGUUUGGUAUAUCUUCUUGCCUCCAAACCCAGUCGUGGGUUCGCUACAUCCCCUUUUGCCCAAAGAAAAGCAUUGUAGCUCAGGAUACGUCAGAAGACAUGACCCAGAGCCGGGGAAGUGUGCUCAGCACACGAAUCUGAAUUUAUGGAACAUGACAUUUUAUUUUCAUUAAGUCACACAUGGAGUUCUUUGGAAAAGUUUGGAGAAAUUAAUAUUUUACCUGUUGUAGAUUUAUAAACAAUCUCAGUUUGUAGGAAACACAUUUAAGUCUCAUCAGACUGAGAAGCUAAUGGGUAGUUMUAGUAUCUCAAUGGACUGCAAUUGUUGAAAUACAGAGGGAAGAACGGACAAGUACAAAUUUUUGUGAAAAUUGCAAGAAAAUAUGCAAGUUUUAAGUUGCAGUAUCACAGAAAUUCACGUUUUAGCAACUCAAAAACCAGCGAUUGUGUAACUGAACUUUGCGAUGCCUUUUAUUUUUCCAAAAAUCAAAGUGUAAUUUUGUGUGCACAGCUUGUAAAGUGUAUUCUAGACACAUUUUGUUGCCUGCCCUAUAUCAUCAACACCAUUUUGAACCCAUUUAGGCAGCUGUCCCCACAUUUAAAAUUUAAUUUAUUGCAAUGUUCUUCUGAAAUAAAUAUAGAUUUAGACCACUUUUUUAUCAAUAUCUUUGUCAUCAGAGUGAUUUUUAAAUUUGAAUAUUUGAAAAUUGUAGCUUUGGAUAUUUUGGAUGAGAACUUGUGUCACCUUUUUUAAUUUUUAUUUUAUUUUAUUUUAUUUUUUUGGCCCAAGGGAAGCAGGGGAUAGAGUGACACCUCACUGAGUUGCAAUAAAACACAUUUAUAAAUGACUCUCCCAAA